UAGACGGGAGCUCUCUAACUGUUCCGACUACUCCGCGAUUAUAUGCGACUAGACAGCUCUCUCAUCACCACCCCGCGAGUUUACCACAUUAUAAAGUCGUUCGACAUUUGGAUCUUCAAACCUAACUUGAAAUCAAACUCAACAAAAUGUGGUGGUCGAACAGCAACAAAGAGCCCGAAAAGUCCCCCAAAUCGGAGGUGGCAUCAUCUUCAUCUAAAGACACAGCUCCGACCAAAGAUGGAUCGAGCAAGGCUUUCGAUCCAAACUCACUCCCGGAAAGGCAAAAGCUCAAGCCGUCCCUACAAAAGAUUGUAGAUCAAGCCGACAGGGAAGACAACUUUUACGACCAGCUUGUGGAUGGCUAUGCUCCAGAAUCAACGGAAUCGAACGUUCGAUAUGCAGGAUAUGCUGCGCGCCUGCGCACCAUCAUGUUGUCGGCUCAUCGCUAUGUUGCGUACACCUCAGAUAUUGGCGAAUCUUUCAGGCCUGUAGCCCACCCUUACCUCGUCAAAGGCGCUUACGGCGUCUCGUGGCUCUACAUUCUUGGAGACGUCAGCCACGAGGGCUACAAGGCGUACUGGCAAAAUCAGCGGACGCGCAACCCACAGAUCGCCUUGACAGCUCAUCAGCAGAGGAUACUAGGAUCGGAUGCCACCUCCGCAUCUCCAACCAAUCUUGAGCCUGGUGUAGUCACACCUCUAGAGGACUAUCGCACAGUAAUGGCCCAGCGAGCUAUCUUUCAGAGCUUGGCGAGUAUGGGCUUGCCGGCUUUCACCAUCCACAGCGUGGUAAGGUAUUCCGGUCGAGCCUUGAAGGAGGUCAAAAACAAGAACAUUAGGACAUGGGCCCCCAUCGGUCUUGGAUUAGCCGUUGUUCCAUUCCUGCCAUCGUUGUUCGACAAACCUGUAGAGGAUGCGGUAGAGUGGACCUUCCACAAGGCAUUUGCGACUGUUGGCGGCAAACAGACUGUUGGAGAUGCCCCUGCUACGGGCAGGGAACGGCAACUGACCGAGAAGGUAAAGGAGAAGGAGCUCUAGAUGUAGGUUCUACAGGGUGUAUGAUGAACGGUGUGUCGAACUUUGAUGCUCUGCAUUUGACAAGUACAUAUAUACCCGCUUGUUGAUGAUAUAUAGCUACGCUACUCAAAAUUAAAUAAUAUGAAAAGAAACCGUGACCGACGCCUCGCCAAUGCAGCUCAAAACAGAUGAUAAAAGUCUCAGAAAAUGAAAUGGACAAGGAACAAUGAAGCGAAACCUCGUUCACAUUUCUAUAAGUUCUUGAGGCGGCCCAACGCCACGAAGAAGAACAAUUGUGUUCCCACUUACUAGCGCCGAUCCGACCUUCUCGUUAAACUCCAAUAGCCGACCACCUUCAACGUGGAACACGCGCAGCUUGUCACGCUCCGACUCGGACUGGUUGUUGACGUUUUGUAUUUGCAAACUUUUGGCGGCGGCAUCCAGAACCCGGCCUAUAACCCAGUCCUGGCUGUAGAAGAACUGACCCUUUGACAGCUUGGCAACUGUAGUUUCGGCCUCGGCCUCAACGUACAGGUAUACUCGCUUCUCCGGAGGUACCUUGUCGUCGCCCUUGGCGGUCUUCUUUAGGUUGUUCACAGCAAUCAUACGCUGGGCUGCGCUCGACGGUUUGGGCUUUGGCAGUGCCCGCCCGGCCUCCUCCUUCUUCUUGGUUCCCCAGGCCCUCAGCCGGCUCAAGGCCGAGCGCGCCUUGUCGGCCGCAUUCUCGACGUGGUGCUGCGCCGCGGGGCGUGCGCCGAUGGGCACGAGGUUCUUGCAGUUGUGCUCCUCCUGCAUCCUGUGCUUGAGGCAAUAGUCUCGGUUGCACGUCGAGCAGUGCACCCCGGGGACCAGGCCCGUGCCGAUGGUGGUUUUGCAAUCCGGUGAGGCGCAUGGCUUCUUGGUGACGUUGUCGUUGAGCAUCCUGCCCUCUCCGGCCGUGGGUCGCGUGAGGGCGGCCUUCCGUUUCCUCUCGGCCCAGGCGCCGGCCUUGGCGCACUUGUGGGCCGUCUCGGUGCGGUGGUCACCGCAAUAGUAGUGGCCGCAUGAUUGGCAGAGGAAGGGGAGGAAGUCGAGCUGGUUGCAGUAUUCGGCCUCGCAGUGCUUGCCGAUGAGUUCUACGUUUCCCACCGAGCCCUCUCGGUUGUUCUGCACCAUCUUUACGUAUGAGGUCUCGUCGCUCGUCGGGGGGUUGUUGGAUGAGGAAGAGGCUGCCAUCUUUGCGGCUUUGUCUUCAGGGAGCGACGGAACAUAUAUGGGUGUUUGUAGCGUAGCGAAAGUUGGUAAUCCAAAGUUGUGUGUUGGGGAAUGAGUGGCGUAGUGGGUGGCGGAAUGCGAGAUGCGACUCGGUCUGGUCUAGGUUGAAAACAUACGCAAGGUAAAUAUGUAACAAGGCUACUUAAGGUAUCUAGCAAACUUGUG